GCAUACACAUUUGGCAAAGUUAUGUUUCAAUAGGGUAAUUACGGCAUCCUUCAAGCUGUCCCUAAGGAAAGCCACACUGUGCUUGGCUACAGAGCUGGAUUAGCUCUGUCAUUCCUUGCUUCCUCUUCUGCAGUGGAUCUUAAGAGGGCACUGCUUUUAUCUCAGAGGAAAAUGUGUAGUACAUCGAGAGUAACAAGGAGUAACAAAGACUCAGAUAGAUAUAGAGAGGAGAAUGUGCAUAUAAAAUGUCAAUUUCAAAAAAAGAAAAGAUUUUCUAUUUCUGUGCAAAUAGAAAACCAAACAAACAACUCUCCAUGAAUGUCUGGGAAUGUCUCCAUGGCCAUAAAGGGAAUAUACAUUACUGUGCUAAAAAAAAAAGAUUAUAUAUGCUGUAGUAAUUAGAGCAGUGCCACAGACAGACUUAAGGCCAUGUUUGGAAACACAUUUGAUAAUUGUACUGUGUCUGGGGAACCAACUGUGCUGUAAGGAAAUUCUUAACAUUUUAAACUAAAUUUUUUAGUCUAUACAGCAGAGGGCACUCGUGGUAUUGAAUUGACCAUAGAGUUGCUAUUUUGGUACUAGAAAAAUGAAAAAAAAAAUUACUUAGAUGAUAAAGAGGCGUCACCAUAGACUAAAGAAGCUGGUUGAUGGUCUGUGUUCCAUGUGUGGGUUUGUCAACCUAAACUUUCCUGUGUCUCUAGCAUAAAUAGCUAUUGAAUAGCAAAUUACUCUAGUACAGAGCUCCAGAUGGAUCUUUAUGUAAAGUCCAUUAAAAUAUUUCCAUAACACCCUUCAAGGCUUAAAAUUAAUUUUCCACUGUGAUUUUGUGCUGGCUAAUUGUUUUUUCCAGGGUAUUUCCAAGAUAUUUAUGAUUUAAAAUUACUCUGAUAUGAAAUACCUUCAGCAAGGCCUCCUGAAUAUUUAAGUUCUGAGCUCUGGAAAACCACCAGCAUAAAAGAAAUUAUCUUUUUACUACAUUCUUCCUGCCACUAGGAAUCUUACUGCCCUAUGACAGCCUCAUGCAAACCUCAUUAGCUGGAAGUGAGGACUAGCAAGGUAUUGCCUAGUCUAUUUUCUGCUGGUCAUGGUCACCUUUUUUGGAUCAUCAGCUCCCCUGUACUUCAGCACCACCAAGUCCACUUAGUGUUGUCUUGUCCUAAAAACUGCAUUUUGCUUCUUGUAUUGCCAAUGAAGAGGGGGAAAAAUCAAGUAAUAUAAAUAAAUCCAAAUUUAAAUCAUAUGGUGGGUGCAAAAACUAAGAUUUGGUCUCACCGUCCCCUGGAAAAUGUUGCAGAGGGAUAGAAAUAUAGAUAUUCUGUACUUAUAUAUUAAACAGGAUAUGGAUUAAACACUGAAAGAUCAAACAUAUCAAUACAUGUGAAAACAUAUCUAGAACUUUGUAUUUACAUAUCACAAAAUGGGGAUCCUGUCUUCAAAAUUCUAGACUCAGAGAAGCUAUCAAUCAGUCAGUAGCCAAACUUGUAUUUGAAGUAUGCACAGAUUUGAAUUUUACAGAAAGCUGAGGGUGUCAGAUUUCCCUGGAGGUCUUUGAUAGAUCAUUUUACUAAGGCAUAUGUUUGAUUGAGACAUCCCUAGCACAGGACUUGGGAGAACAGUAAAUGUAAAAGCCACAGGCAAUUUUGGCCUUCAGUACAAGGAAAAAGCUGUUCUAUGUGAAUGAUUCAUUGUUUCAGUCAAUAACCAAAAAUAGGAAGGAUAUAGGGAAUUUAGAUAAAAGCAUUGAUUUCAAAAAUCUUUUUGCAACUGAGACAUGGAAAUAUUUGGGUUUGGGUUAGACAACAUUUACUGAUCAGUCUCAUAACUGGAUAAUUUAUUUGUUGUAAUGAUGUACUGUAUUCAGAUAAAAUGAUUUUCUUUUCCCCCAUGGAGCACGUGUGUAGUGAUGAAAAGGGAAGAUUUGCUGGAUGAAGAUUUAGGUAAAGGAAAUGUUGGGAGAUACCAUCAGGUUCAAGUAAUUGGAACAGGAGGAAAGUGCCUUGGAGUGCUUGCAGCAUGGCUUGGGAUCAUCAGCUUUAUGGAGGCUAGGAGAGAGCAGCUGAAGGAGCUUGGUGCAUACAUAGUCUGAUGUUGAGGGUGCUUGUUCUCCCAUGGCCUUUCUUAUUUCUCUGUACUUUUUUGUUCUACAAAUGCAGUAGUUUCCAUGGUCCUUGAGGGAACCCAGGAUGCAGGACUGAGAGCAGACAGACACAAAAAGAAAGGUAGAGAAGCUGUAUGACAUCCUACAAAGCUGGCCUUUGGUAGAGAAUUGGUCUGAGAAGAUUCCUGUACCUCUGCAAGCCCCACGUGCUGCCUGUGCCUCACCUCACUUGUACAGAAGGGUAACUGGCAGCUCUGAAUGCAGGCACAGCAGGCUGAGUUCUCAUCCCAGUUUCAGUGAAGAUGGAAACAUUGCACCAGUGUAAUGACGAUUCAAACUCCAGAAGGACCAACACCAAAUAAAUUAUGAAUGUUGAACAAGAUGACCUUACAUCCACAGCAGAUAAUGAUAGGUCCUAGGUUUAACAGGGCCCUAUUUGACCCCCUGCUUGUAGUGCUGUUGGCUCUUCAGCUUCUUGUGGUGGCUGGUUUAGUGAGGGCUCAAACUUGCCCUUCUGUCUGCUCCUGCAGCAACCAGUUCAGUAAAGUGAUCUGUGUACGGAAAAACCUUAGAGACGUGCCAGACGGCAUCUCCACCAACACCCGGCUACUCAAUCUCCAUGAGAACCAGAUCCAAAUCAUUAAAGUUAAUAGCUUCAAGCAUCUGAGGCACCUAGAAAUCCUGCAGCUCAGCAGGAAUCACAUCAGAACAAUUGAAAUAGGGGCUUUCAAUGGUCUGGCCAAUCUCAACACUUUGGAACUCUUUGACAAUCGUCUGACCACUAUCCCAAAUGGGGCUUUUGUAUACCUGUCAAAACUGAAGGAACUGUGGUUGAGAAACAACCCCAUUGAGAGCAUCCCUUCUUAUGCUUUUAACAGAAUCCCUUCUCUCCGGAGGUUGGAUCUGGGGGAGUUGAAAAGGCUUUCGUACAUCUCAGAAGGUGCCUUUGAAGGUCUGUCCAACUUGAGGUAUUUGAACCUUGCCAUGUGCAAUCUUCGAGAGAUUCCUAACCUUACUCCGCUUGUAAAACUGGAUGAGUUAGAUCUUUCUGGGAAUCACCUGACUGCCAUCCGGCCAGGUUCUUUCCAAGGGUUAAUGCAUCUUCAGAAAUUGUGGAUGAUACAGUCCCAGAUUCAAGUGAUAGAAAGGAAUGCUUUUGAUAACCUUCAGUCACUUGUAGAGAUCAACCUGGCACACAACAAUCUAACACUUCUGCCUCAUGACCUGUUCACACCACUCCGCCUAGAAAGGAUCCACUUGCAUCACAAUCCUUGGAACUGCAACUGUGAUAUCCUUUGGCUCAGCUGGUGGAUUAAAGACAAGGCACCCUCGAAUACUGCAUGCUGUGCACGUUGCCACACGCCUCCCAGUUUAAAAGGAAGGUACAUUGGUGAGCUGGACCUGAAUUACUUCACAUGUUAUGCUCCAGUCAUAGUGGAGCCACCAGCAGACCUCAACGUCACAGAAGGCAUGGCUGCAGAGAUGAAAUGCCGGGCAUCGACCUCCCUGACCUCCGUAUCUUGGAUUACUCCAAAUGGAUCUGUAAUGACGCAUGGGGCAUACAGAGUUCGGAUUGCUGUGCUCAGCGAUGGCACAUUAAAUUUUACAAAGGUAACUGUGCAAGACACGGGUUUGUACACAUGCAUGGUGAGUAACUCUGUUGGGAAUACCACGGCUUCUGCCACGCUAAAUGUCACCGCCCUGGAUAACCCUGGUUACACGUACUUUUCAACCGUCACGGUAGAGACUGUGGAACCUUCUCAGGAUGAGGCACAGACCACAGAGCAGGUUGGGCCCACGCCAGUUACCAACUGGGAAACCAUUAACAUGACAACCUCACUCACUCCACAGAGCACAAGAUCAACAGAAAAAACAUUCACCAUUCCUGUGACGGACACAAACAACGGGAUCCCAGGAAUAGAUGAGGUUAUGAAGACUACCAAAAUCAUAAUUGGUUGUUUUGUGGCUAUCACUCUUAUGGCUGCUGUGAUGCUGGUAAUUUUCUACAAAAUGAGGAAACAGCAUCACCGGCAGAACCAUCAUGCUCCAACACGGACUGUAGAGAUCAUUAAUGUGGAUGAUGAGCUUACAGGUGACACACCCAUAGAGAGUCAUUUGCCCAUGCCAGCAAUAGAGCAUGAGCACUUAAAUCACUAUAACUCUUAUAAAUCUCCUUUCAACCACACAACAACAGUUAACACAAUAAAUUCAAUACACAGUUCAGUGCAUGAACCGUUAUUGAUCCGAAUGAACUCGAAAGACAAUGUUCAAGAGACUCAAAUCUAAAACAUUUAUGACAUUAAGGGGUGGGGUGGGGGGACAACAAAAGAUGGUUUAUAAAACAAAUGACACAAAUGACUGGGCUAAAUCUACUGUUUCAAAAGUGUCUUUACAAAGAAAAAGAAAUUUAUUUAUUAAAAAUUCUAUUGUGAUCUAAAGCAGACAAAAUUAUGUGUAUUCCUCAGAACCUGUUUUUGCUGCAGUUAUUUACCCUCCUCGUUCCCGUUUUCCUGCCCAACCUACCCCAACUCCCAUUUGCCAUAUUUUUCAUAGGAGAUCUUGAUUCCCUAAAAGAACUGAUCUAGGAAAUUUUGUAAGAAUUCUGUUACACUUUGGGAAUUUUUAUGGUGAAUUCUAGUGGUGAGAUUCGGUCUAUUUUGUCACUUUCUCUUUUUUCUUUUGUUUUCUCAUGCCCUUUUUCAAAUUAUUCAACAGAGAAUGGAGUAAUAACAGUAACUUUGCAAGUGAGAAAAACAAGUAAACCUUUUUUUUCUCCAUGUAAUGAUUUGCUCUGUAUUUACCAAAAGCACCAUUCUGUGAAAAAAAUGGAAAAAAAAGU